CUUUAGCUUAUCUUGCAGGCGUUGGAGCCACCUAGACAGAUCUGUGGGUGUGACUUCCCCGGUUCAAGUUCAAGGCUGUUUCCUAGUCUUGUUGUUCUUAUCGAAUAUCAAUCGAAACGAAACGUCGAAUUGGGACUUAGCUUCCAAGUUUAUUCUUCCUUUCCUCUUGUCGCAACUUUUUGUCCUGGUUUUCGUGUUUAACAUACCUAGUAGCAUUUGUUACAACUGGCAACUUCGCAUCAAAAUGCGCGCUACGAUCCUCGUCGCAACCGGCCUCGUCUGCCGAGCUCUAGGACACGGUAACCAUGGCGGUUCGCAAAAGCCAAUGGUUGGCGAAAACGCCAAUUGGAUGACGAAGCACAUGGCUGAGGAGCACCAUAUUGGCGACUUCGACGCCUCGUCUUUCUUUGUCCUGCACGAUUACGACGCCGACGGCCAUUGGGAGGCGGAGGAGAUCCUGCGCACGUAUGGAUUGAUGGACGAGUCGAAUAAAAAUGUGCCGCAAGGGCGCCGCGACGAGAUUGAGCACGAGUUGUUGCGGUUACUCGACGCUGACGGAGACGGGUUCGUGACACGCGACGAAUUCGUUGCUUUUAUCGACUCUGGCAAGACGCUGCCCGACAUGGGUACGGGGCCUGGUCACCACGGCGACGACGAGUACGAGUACGAGAUUCACCACUGGGAGAAAUACCAUGACGAGAACACCCCCCUCGAGGAAUUGAAUCAUCCCGAGGACAUUGAACACUUCAAGAAGCACGAGAUGAUGGAGGACGCGGAGGAGAAACUUGAGAAGCUCAACAAGAUGACUAUCGUAGAGGAUAAUAUCCCGAGCAAGUUUAGGAGAGGCAGCUAAGAUAUUUAAUGAUACCCCUUAAUUUUCGGGAGUUCUGGGUUGGAUGGCUAGCAUGAGGACAUGAUGUCAAGGGUUGCUGGCUUGG